ACUAAAACCCUGCCUUCUGAGAUUAGUAUACGCACUGAGUGGGGAAGGGGUAGGCUAUAUUUUCAAUGAGGAAAACAGUGUCUGUCAAACGUCACAUGGGGCUGGGACCGAUUGCUUCCUGAAAUGCUGUUCAUCGUUGUAUUUUUUUAUUCACUACGGUACUAUUAUUAGGCUUUUCAUUCAUUUCUGUAUCGGUUUAUUAUUUCUAUCGCAAUGAUAAGCAAAGUCAAAAAUGCGAUGUCCACGCUGGUGGGUGGAAUGAUGCCCCACGGUCACCACCAGCACCACGGAUCCGGGAACGUUCACCACCAGAACUGUCACCAGGACGGUCUGCCUCCACGGUUCCCCUACGGUCGACCUGAGUUUCUGGAUCUUACACCAGAGCUUCUUCAAUACUCGACAGAACAUGCUUCUCGACCGGUGCUGACGUUGAAGAGGGACAGCAGGCUUCCCUGGCGGACGGGAUACGCAGAGACCAUCAAUGCUGGGAAGAGCAUGUUGAAUGAGGACCAGGCGUCCUGUGAGCUGCUGUACGUGAAGAAGCUGAGCAACAAAAAACAGCGUAACUCCACACUGCUGGACGACAAUGGGGACGGCACAGGGAUCCCACUGCAGUACUGGGGCGUGUUCGACGGUCAUGCAGGCUCAGGGUGUGCCAUCAUGGCAUCUAAACUCCUCCAUCGCCUCAUCAGAGACAGACUGGGGGACAUCGCCCACCUGCUGGAGAACCCCUCCGUGACGCCCCCUAUCUGCCUGGCCAAGAACGGCAGCCCCUACCAGCUGGAGGUGAAGAAGGGAGCAAAUUCCACCCAGGACCCAGAGGACCCUAAUGCCAUCACUGACCCCUCUAUCCGCUUCCACACGGAGAAGACUGUCAGUCUGGAGAGUCUGAUCAUGGGCAUCAUAGAAAACGCCUUCAAACAGAUGGAUGAACUGAUAGAGAAAGAGAAGACGUCCUUUACCAUCUCUGGUGGAUGUUGUGCCUUGGCUGCCAUCCAUUUAAUGGGGAAGCUCUAUGUUGCCAAUGCAGGAGACAGCAGAGCCAUCAUCAUCCGUAACAAUGAGGUCAUCCCCAUGUCCAACGAGUUCACACCCGAGUCCGAGAGGCAGCGCCUGCAGUAUCUGGGCUUACUGAGACCGGAGCUGCUUGGGAAUGAGUUCACACACUUGGAGUUCCCUCGCAGAAUCCAGCACAAGGAGCUGGGCAAGAAGAUGCUCUUCAGGGACCACACAAUGAACGGCUGGGCUUACAAGACCAUCAUAGAAGACGACCUCAAGUUCCCGCUUAUAUAUGGCGAGGGUAAAAAGGCCCGUGUCAUGGCCACCAUUGGGGUAACACGUGGCCUAGGGGAUCAUGACCUGAAGGUGUACAACUCCAACAUCUACAUCAAACCCUUUCUCUCCUGCUGCCCAGAGGUGAUAGUGUACGACAUGUCUGAGUACAAGCAUGGCCCGAAUGACGUACUGGUGAUGGGUACAGAUGGGCUGUGGGACGUGACCACAGACAGGGAGGUAGCAGACGCAGUUUCAGGCUUCCUGUCCUGCUGCGAUCCCACUGAUCCUGUGAGAUACACACUGGCCGCCCAGGACCUGUUGAUGCGGUCGCGAGGGGUCCUGAAGGAGAGGGGCUGGCGGUUACCUAAUGAGAGGCUGGGUUCAGGAGACGACAUCACUUGUUAUGUAAUCCCCUUGGCGGGACCGGCAGGGCCCGAAACAGAGACAUGACAGGCCUUGUCCCACCACCCUACCAGGAGAGGACUUACUCCCUAGGACCGACCAAGGUCAAUCCUUCCCCCUUACCCCCUCUACCCUGGGGGAAGGGUGAAGAAAACACCUCCCUUUAUAGGGAAGCCUCAGGUUGGAGAGCUGGCUGCUGACACCUGUCAACCGGCCAAUCUUCCUGGCUUCUGCAACAACCCACUGGGCUCUGAUUAUAGUUUUGUUUGGUACUCGUGUAACAGGUGUUCAAUGACAUUACCUGACCGACCGAAAACAUGUCCAUUUCUGAAACCUGCUCUUUUUGAUCGCUACUUAACGAGAACCCUCCCCCUGUAGUUUCAUGUUUUAAUCUCUCUAAUUAAUUGGCUGAUAAUUGCAGCAGGAUUGGUUUGGCCAUAUUCUGAUAGAAGUGCUUGGUUAGUCUUUCUAAAUAGCUCCUUAUUACCUUAUGACCCCCACAUGUGAUUCUGAAACACGGAUGGGAAUGUUGCAUGAGGAAGAUACAAAGAAUGAAGAGGAAACAGUCUGUUACCAGUCCUGUGCCAGUAUUGCAGAAACUCCAAUGUCAAAGCAGCAGUGAAUGAUGAUGGAGGAUGUGAAACCUGAAGCACUUUAAGACAGUCAGUCUGAUUAGUGGUUAUGAAUUCAAUGGCACUUGCAAUGAUUUUUCUUGAAUUAUGUCUGUUUAGAGAUAUAUUUUUGUUUAACUUGUUAGUUUUGUCACCAUGACAAAAAAAAGACAAAGCAGGGCUGAGAUGUGCAUGACCUUUGUUGUAAUAUCAUCAUAAAAUAUAUUCGAUCCAAACUCAAAUAUCAAAGGCUCUUUUGGCAUGUAGGUGCAAUGUCAUUUUGAAUCGGAAUGAAGCUAUGGUUUCCUUCCUCUCAAAGUGUUCCAAUAGAUUGUAUAGUUUUUUUUUUGUAUUGUCUCCCAGAUUUAAAAGAUCCACAAUAGUGUGCUGUACUGUUUUCUACUUUUUAUUCUGGAUUGAGAACUUGUAGUAGAUAAUCUGUUUGUCAGGAUGUGAUCGAUUUCACUUGACUGCCUUACUACACUCGAGGAGCAUUGUGGGCCAGGGACUGUAUGUUUAUAUGUUAACUUAUUAAUAUCAAAGUCUUCAUUUCAUUUAAGUUAGGAGAAGUUGCCAAGACAAAUGUAUGCCCUCAAAUGUCUUGCUUCUCUCUUUGAUUGUUCUGGGGUUUUUUUGGGUUUUUUUUACAUGUUAUGUGUAGCCAUUAUCCCUAGUAUGUUAUCCCUAGCUUUUGAGAACGUUGGCUAAUAGCUGUAUCAUAAAUAUUGCUUUAUUUAUAAUAAAGAGGUAGGGGAUCAAGUGUAUCCUUACCAAAAUAAGA